CUAUAUAUUCCUGCUUCUACCUGCAAUCUUCCUCUCCUGCACAGAGAGCUAGCAGACUGUACUGGACCAGUACCUCUGUCUGCCAUGAAGACAACAGGGGUUUUGGUGAAAGCAGCUCUAGCCCUUUGGUGCUGCUUAGAUAUUGCUUUUGGACAUGAGAUUAAUUGCAGCCAGUAUCCCGGCGUCGUUGGCAAGGAUGGGUCAAUCACAGUAGCUUGCCCGAGGGACUUGAAGCCAGUCUGUGGCACUGAUGGCAGAACGUACAGCAAUGAGUGUGGGAUCUGCCUCCACAACGAGGAACAGAGGGCCAGAGUAGAGAAGGCACAUGAUGGAGAAUGUGAGCAGCAAUAUAUUACGAUCGAUUGUCACAGGUACCCAAGAGCUGAACAAGAUGGUCACGUCCUAGUGGCAUGCCCAAGGAUACUGAAACCAGUUUGUGGCUCAGAUAGCCUCACUUAUGACAAUGAAUGUGGGAUCUGCGCCUACAAUGCAGAACAUCACACCAACAUUAGCAAAAUGUAUGAUGGAGAAUGCAAGCAGGACAUCACUGACUGCAGUAAGUACCCAUCAGUAACCACUGAAGAUGGCAUGGUAUUAGUAUCCUGUCCCAGGACCCUGAGUCCAGUUUGCGGCACAAAUGGCAUUACAUAUGAUAACGAAUGUGGGAUCUGUGCCUACAAUGGAGUACACAGGGCCCAUGUUAGCAAAAAGCACAACGGAAAAUGCAGACUGGAGACUUCUGAGACUGACUGCAGUCGAUACCCAACAAGAGUGAUUAAGGAUGGCAAAGCCCAAACACUCUGUCCAAGGAUCCUGCUCCCAGUCUGUGGCACAGAUGGAUUUACUUAUGACAACGAGUGUGGCCUCUGUGCCCACAACCUAGAACACGGGACUGAUGUUAAGAUAAGCCAUGAGGGAAGAUGCAAAGAGGAAAGCACUCCUAUUGACUGCAGUACAUACCUGAGCAGUGCCAAGAGCGGUGAAGCCAUCACAGCCUGCCCCUUUGUCCUGCAGGAGAUCUGUGGGACAGAUGGUGUCACCUACAGCAACGAAUGUGUGCUGUGUGCCCAUAACAUUGAAUAUAGAACCAAUGUUGCCAAGAAGCAUGAUGGAAGGUGCACAGAGGAAGUUCCCCAACUGAACUGCAGCCAUUACCGAACUUCCACGCUGAAGGAUGGUAAAGAGCUGAUGGCCUGCACGAUGAUCUACAAUCCUGUCUGUGGUACCGAUGGUGUCACUUACGCCAGUGAGUGUGCGUUGUGUGCCCACAACCUGGACCAUCGGACCACUGUUGGCAAAAGAAAGAAUGGGCGCUGCGAAGAGGAUAUUACAAAAGAACAUUGCAAGAGCUUCCCAGAAACGUCUCUCAUCUGCACAAUGGAAUAUUUUCCCCACUGUGGCUCUGAUGGCAAGACAUACAGCAAUAGAUGUACUUUCUGCAAUGCCUACCUGCGAAGCAAAAGGACUCUUAACCUCAUCAGUAUGACUGAAUGCUAAGUCUGUGCUGGAGUCCAGCCCAGGAGAUCAAGCUCCCUUGCAUGUGAUUUCCCAUGGGCUGAUCUUCACCGACAACUUUCCUUCAGUUUUUCUCAUUUCCUUAGCUCCUGAAACACAUGUUCAAUAAACUCACUUGGCAAUGUU